AUGGUAUCAACUAGAUUUUUGAACAAGUGUGUGGCAUGUUUUUGCAAGGCCAAGAAAUUGGAGAAAGUUGAAGCAUUUAUCGACGAUGGUAUAAGAUUAGGGAUACUUCCAGAUGUGGUAACUUACAAUACUUUGAUUGAUGGCUAUUGUCAGUUUGUCGGAUUAGAUGCAGCUUGUUCCGUUCUUCGUGAAAUGAAAGAAUUUGGGAUCAGUCCAAAUGCUAUUACUUACAACUCUUUGAUAGCCUGGGCCUUCAAGAUGAUGCAUCUUAACUUUCAAAUGCGAUGUCCUGAUAUGGCCUCUGAGAUUUUCAAGCUUCGUAUUGAUGGUCAUGGUCUUUCUCCUACUCCGCAGACAUUCAACAUGAUGAUAAAUGGUUUCUGUAAAAUGCAGAUUGCAGGGGAAUUCGGGCAUGAGUCAAAUGCCACGACAUACAAAACAAUGAUGAAAUUGUGCAUUAGGUCAAAUGAAUAUAACCAAGCGCUUGAGAUCAUUUCAGAAAUGAGGAGCAAAGGGUUCAGCUUGGAUGGUAUUGCACAUUGCACGAUCAUUGGUGGUUCAGUUAAGACAGGUAGGACUGAAGAGGCAAACCAUUUUAAGGAGCAGAUGAUGAGUGAUGACAUUGAAAUUGAUUUAGUGUCUUAUAACAUUUUACUGCAUCUGUAUUUUAAAAAGGGUAACUUCAUAGCUGCCAACGAGGUGUUAAAGGAGAUACAGAGAGCAGGUUUGAGAUUUGAUCAAUGUGCACUUGCAAUUAUGGUCAAUGAAAUGUGCAACGUCGGUCAGAUUGUGAUGGCUCUACGAUGUUUAUAUUUAAUGAUAAUGAGUGGCUUUCCUUCGAACUUGGUAGCCUCCAAGUGA